AUGUCAGCUUUGCUUUAUUUUUACAGUUUUGAUAUUUUCAACCUUGCUAUAUACUUCUUGGAUACUGAACCCCCUCCCUGCCCCGUCGACCCCUGUGCCCUCCGUCGUCCCGGCCGUCCCCGCCCCGACGGAGGUCUUCGCUCCGCCCCCGCCCUUCGGCCGCCCUCCGCCCGUCCGGCCAUACAGGCCCCGCCCGCGCCCACGCCCGACCUACCACCCUACUACUCUGCCCCCCACAACAACCACCGCGGCCGCCCCCGUGACGCCCCCGGCAACCACCACCACAACCGCCAGACCAGCCACGUACCCGAGGCCUCCCGCCAGGCCCUACCAUACCCCCCGCCCCUCCCCCCGCCCCACGACCAGGCCCACGGCGUACCCGAGGCCCGGCAACAAGUACACCACGAGCUACAGGCCCUUCCACAAGCCGACGUCCUACAAGGCUCCUGCGACCACCACCCGCGCGCCCUACAAGGCCUCCGGACCCUCCUUCGUCUCGUACAACAUCAACCACGCGCCGACGUCCAAGGCCCCGAGGCCGACGCUCGCCGUCCACCACCCCCGUCGCCAGGCUACAAGCCUUACAAGCCCGCCUCACCCAAGCCCUACGGCAGGCCCUCGGCGACCAAGGGGACCUCGACGCCCACCGCCGCCAGCCACAAGCCCUCGGCGCCCACCAAGUCCGUGCUGGCCCCGCUGGCCAUCCCCGUCAAGCAGUCCGGCCUCAUCCUGCCCGAUACGCCCCGCGAGGGCCCCUUCAACGUGUGGGCUCACGGGCCGGGCUCCGAGCACCCCCGCCCGCCGCCCUUCCGCCGCACCCCCCUGGGCGACCCCUCCCUCAAGGCAGAGAGGCGUCAGCGCCUGCAGGUCCCCGACAGCGUGGUGAGGCUUCUCAACUCCCCGCAGCCCGGCUGGGUCGCCAGCCUCGAGCCCGACCGCAGGUAG